GUUUCACAAACUUGCUUCUAGCAUCCUUUCCUUGAAGGAGAUGGAGUCAGGGAAGAUAGAUGACAGUGUCAUUUGUGAUUUGCGGAAAAGGUUGUUGACAGAGUUGGAAACGUUGCUUCCUCCGCCGAUAGUGCUUCCUGAAAGAAGAUUGGAACAUCUGGCUGAAACUGCAAUUACAGCCCAGAUUGAUUCAUGUUUGUAUCAUAACUCAUUGGAUGACGUAUCGCUUUAUGAGGAUCAUUGCUGUGGUAGAGACCAGAUCCCGACCGAAACUGUUCAGAUCUUGACUGGACAUAGAAAUGAAGUAUGGUUUGUUCAAUUUUCCAACAAUGGGAAGUACUUAGCGUCGUCAUCAAGUGAUUGCACAGCCAUCAUAUGGAAGGUGCUGGAGGAUGGUAAGCUUAUCUUGAAACACACACUUGGAAGCCACCAAAACCCUGUAUCUUUUGUGGCAUGGAGCCCAGAUGAUACUAAGUUGCUCACUUGUGGAAAUAUGGAAGUCCUAAAGCUCUGGGAUGUGGAAACAGGUUCAUGCAAGCACACAUUUGGGGACCAAGGCUUUACUGUCAGUUCAUGUGCUUGGUUCCCCGACUCCAAGCAACUUGUCUGUGGCAGUUCUGAUCCUGAAAAGGGCAUCUUCAUGUGGGACUGUGAUGGGAAAGAGAUCAAAUCUUGGAAAGGCACAAGGAUGCCUAAGGUGUUGGAUCUAGCUGUGACACCUGACGGGGAAAACCUUAUCAGUGUAUUAAGUGAGAAAGAAAUUCUGAUAUUAAAUAUGGGGACAAAUGCCGAGCGAGUCAUCUUAGAGAAGCAUCCAAUCACAUCACUUACAGUUUCCAGAGAUAGUAAGUUCUUUUUGGUCAACCUAAAUAGUCAAGAAAUCCAUUUGUGGGAUGUUGCUGGAAAAUUGGAAAAGCCAUUCAAAUAUACGGGUCACAAGCAAAACAAAUAUGUGAUACGUUCAUGCUUUGGUGGGCUGUAUGGUUCAUUUAUUGCCAGCGGUAGUGAGAAUUCACAGAUCUACAUAUGGAAUCGCAGGAAUUCUACGCCAAUUGAGGUUUUACGUGGUCAUUCAAUGACUGUGAACUGUGUGAGUUGGAAUCCCAAAAGACAUCAAAUGUUGGCUUCAGCCAGCGAUGAUCACACAAUCCGUAUUUGGGGACCCAGCAAAUCCAGUAAAAUAUAGCAUGAAAUAUGAAAAGCAGAACAGUUUUCUUUUUGCUCUUUUUUCGGCAGAAGAAAACAGACAAAAAUUUGAAGCUCUGUAUAUAUUGUUUCUGUCCUUCUCUACUUGUUAUUUAUUUGAAAAACAAUUUGCAAAUUAGUGGCUCUUGCUAGUUUUUGCCACAUUCCAAUUUUGGCAGAAGCUCUUUUUCUGUAUGUUAUAAAUUUUGAGAUGCUUUGCUGUGGUAGCUGUUUAGAUGCAAUUUAGUUGGACAAUGUACAUUUCUUGACUUGGAGCUUGGGAGAGACAGUCAUGUAUUGUUAAGUGGAAAGAAAUUUGAUUCUUUAUUUUUGUA